CUCUCCUUGCAAUCUCCUCUCCGGUGGUGACUCACCGCCUUGCGUAGAUCAACACUAGGGCGCAAUCACUGGGGGUUAAACGAAGUUGUUAAGUCCGAAUUUUAUUUGAAGCUUCCGGCUUUUCCACCGAUUUCUACCGUCCGAAAUGCCUCACGGACGUCGAUCGCUUCGAAAGGUCGUGCAACUAAUUAGUUAGUACCGGUGUCCCGUGAAGUUUAUUGGGGGACUCCCAAGGACCGUCCGUCCGUUUUUUUUUUUGUGGGUCCUGCAUUGGUUGCAGCGACUGUGUGUUGGCUUGCAACAAAUCGGAGUAAAUGUGAGCGAUGCUGGUGCUUUCGAUCGCCACAUCUGAGAGUGCAACGUAAGAGACCGUGUUCGUGUACAAGAGACAGACGGUAUGAUGGCGGGCACCGACUGGUAGGGUGUCCCUCCCUCUCGAGUGCCAUGGCAGGGUGUCCCUCAAGAGUGUGUGCUUUAGUAGAUGUUGACCAACUUGCAGCUGCCCUGCACAAGGGAAAUGAGAAGCUGCUGCUGAUUGACAGUCGUCCUUUUCUGGAGUACAACACCUGCCACAUUGUGACGGCAACCAACAUAUGUUCCUCCAAGAUCGUCAAGCGCAGACUUCAGCAGGACAAGGUGACAGUACGUGACUUGCUUGUGCACUGGUGUGAUCAGGAGUUGGACGAGAGCUGGACGGUUGUUGUCUAUGACCAGGGAUCGUGGCAGCCGCCAGUGAGAGAGGGCGAGAGUUUUCUCGGGGUCCUGCUCCAGAAGUUACUGGUGACCUUUCGCAGCGUCAGCCUUCUUGCAGGUGGGUUUACAGAAUUUGAGGCGCACCACCGCGGACUCUGUGAGGACAAGCGAAACCGGGGAGGCUCGCAGCUGACGUCCCUUUCGCAGCCCUGCCUCCCCAUCACCAAUCAUGGCCCGACUCGCAUCCUGCCCUUCCUCUACCUCGGAUCGCAGAAGGAUGCGCAGGACAGAAACCUCUUGCGAGACUACAACAUCGUGUACGAGCUGAAUGUGAGCACGUCGUGUCCCAAGCCAGACUUUAUCCAGGAUGCUCAUUUCAUGAGAAUUCCCGUGGAUGAUAAUUACAGCGAAAAACUAGUUCCGUUCUUCACUGACGCUUUUCACUUCUUAGACAAAGUCCGAUUACAGUCGUCGGGAGGAUGUGCCCUGGUUCACUGCCUCGCAGGGGUGUCCCGCUCCCCAACGGUGGCAAUUGCCUAUGUCAUGAAGCAUCUACGAAUGACAUCGGACGAAGCUUACAGGUUUGUCAAAUCCAAAAGGCCGGCAAUAUCGCCAAACUUCAACUUCCUGGGUCAGCUGCUGGACUACGAGAAGCAGUUGAGACGCGAGAGGAUCCUGGAGCCAAACGGAAGCCAGUCGGAGCCGCCCCCUGCGCAUACGCCGUGCACCAAACGCUUCUACCCGCAGGAAAGUGGUCCGCCCGAGACGCUUCCCCUGCGGUUGGAAUUGCCUUCGACAGCGCCCCUGGUGUCUCCGAGCCGGGCUCUGGCCAGGUUGUCCUUUGAGCGGCCCCCGGUCAAGAGGGCCAGCUACGAGGUCACCCACAGCGCUUCCUGGGCCGCGACUACUCAACAACCUCAUUCUGCUUGGCUGGAAAGAGCAGAGGAGACAGCUGCAGGUACAGAGUGCGAAGUGAUACUGCGGAAAGGGUCGGGUCGCAGGCGCAACACUUCUGCGCACGACAGUGCGUACCGUUCUCUUACGUUUGACGAUGAAUAUCCGGAGGACGGCGAAGGAGUUUUUAAAGAGGAGCCACUUCCAAGUCCCUUAAGCCCUUCAGAGCAGCACCUGUUGGAGGACAUUGUUGACAGCAUUGAUGGACCUAAGGCGACUACCCACCUCAAGAAGCCCACGUCGUCGGAGCUCUCACCUUCCGAGUUGACCCACCGUGCCGAACUGGAAAGCUCUCACGACUCUGGCAUCACGAGCGUCUCCUCCUGCUCGUCCUGGAGCCAGCCGCAGGUGUGCACCGCUCGACCGCGUGGCUUCUCGUCGAGUGAGGUGCUCUCUUCGUCUUCCUCUUCAUCGUCGCUCGUCAGUGAAGACAGCAACGUCUUGCAACAGUCCAGUGCUCUUCCGCGGGCACGUUCGUGUCCAGUGAUCAUUGCGGGAUGGCUACAGGGCAAGGCCAACUGGGACACCCCCGAAUUCGCUCCCCUGCAGCGAAGAGGAUGCAGGUCGUCAUCGUCGGCGCGGAACAGAUACAGCUGCGGUAGCUUGGAAUAUGCGGUUCAACGGGAAGAAACUGAAACCGUUGGCAGUGUCAUGGGUGGAACGGUCCUUGGGAGCACAACGGGGGAGCGGAGGGGCCUGGGGCGUCCGGUAAACCUCAUACCGGUAUCGUGAAGGGGCGUGCGACGAUGUAGAAAUGGUUUCGUCUUUGAGUGUUCUCAUUUUGUAUCCAAGGUUGGCUCCUACGAUGAAUGACAGCUACGCAGACUUUUAAACCAAAGCUUUCUAUAACAUUUCAAGUGAAAAAAACAUCCUCACAUUUUGGUCGUUGAAUUAAUUAUUGUUCGGGAGUUUGGGGACAGCCAUUUUUUUUUUUUUAAUUCGGGAUUAUAAAUUGUGAAAGCUGAGUUGUGUAGCGAUUGGGCGUAAGUUUCUAGAUUGUCAUCUUUGCACUCUUAGCUAUCAGCACUGAUAACAACGUUGUAAUUAACAUUCUGCACACAUUGUGCCUUCAUUUCCCAGACUUUCUGGUGUCGUUUUAAGAAUACCCUCGAGCAGGUGUCUAACUGCAGCUGCUGUUGAGCGUGUCUCCCAAACAAAGCGGAGUUCCUCCCUGCUGAUUUUAUGUUAUAGCGCUGAGGCAGUUUAGAAACAGCAGUUGAGGGCAUCCACGGGGCCCUUUUGUUGAAAACAUAUCAGUAGAAAACAGCAGUGGCCCGAAAGAGAGGGAUAACUGAAUGCGGUCAAUGCUGCCGUAAACGUGCUGAAUACAAGGUGCUUUACCGUAACUGCUGAGCCCAUCGUACUACAAUGCUGGAUCACCGAGUGUUUGGAUGAAUUGCAGAGGUGCAUUUGUUCGCAGUGCAUGCUUUGUUGGAAAGAGUCUGGACGGGACACCACCUUUAACGACUUUGGGUAAGCAACAUUUAAUUCUGAGACGUACAAAUGUAAAUGUGGAAAAGUACAUCUGGUCAGAAGCCUGUUUUGUAGCACAAGCUUCCAUCUUUCGUAUUGAUAUAUAUAUAUAUAUAUAUGCAUGUGGACGACCCUGUGUCAGGAAUAACUCUUUCCCUUUCGAUUUUCCCAAAAAACGGGGGCACUCUAGUUACUAUAUAUGUUAAUAUCAAAAUCAUUUGUAAACACGAUGGCUUCCAUUGAAGACAACAAACCUACUGUCAAACGUUACCACUUUUAUUUAGGGCCUGACUUUUUGGGGUUAAACCCGUAUCCGCCCGAUAUUUACCCCCCGAACGAAAUCUGUAAAAUUCGGGUUUAACCCGAAUAUACCCGAAAACAUCCGGGUCGCGUGGCACACUCAUAAGCGUGCAUUAAAAUAAAGUUUGAUAACAUUGCUAAACAUUAGUUCCAUGUUAAGACAAAUUUUUAUUAAACAAAAAAAAUCACCCGAAUACACCCGAAUUCCUGACGACAGAAUAUGCCGUAACGGGAUUUAACCCGAAUACACCCGAAUUUUCAAAUAAAAAAUAUCACCCGAUAUUUACCCCCCGAAUUUGGCCAAAAAUAAAACCCGAAAAAGUCAGGCCCUACUUUUAUUGUGUUUAAAAAGUAAGCAUUAUGUAAAAAAGCACAGUUUAUUUGGGUCGACUAAAAUGCAGCUUUCUUUUUUUAAGUCGCCUGCAGUGUCCGUAACGAUGGGGCUCGGCUUUUCUCGCGUCGUUACAGAUACUAAUUAGUACAGUAGUUCCAGUGCAGGAUGUUCCUUCUGAAACGGCCAUGUGCAUGUAAAUGGUAGCGUGAAACAUGUCUGACGCUCGCAUACCUGUUGCUGUGUACAUAACUAAUGACGUGAAGUACACGAGUCAAUGAUCAUCGAUCAGUGAAGUCAAUGAUCUUUCAAUUCCCUUGCCUUCUGACACUUUUUUUUUUCUUCUCUCUCAUAGCAAGUAUUGUUUGUUAAACAAAAUCUUAUGCGUCAAAGGGUGACAACACAAUCGUAUUUGUACAACACGCAGCUGUAGGAUUAUAGAACUCUAUAGGAUUUCUUUUUUCGUACAAGAAUAUGAAAUGUUUGAGAAAACUGCAGCAGUUUCUGCUGCUUUACUACCCCCAUAAGAGUAAUCUGAAAUAGUUCUCUCUACAGAUCUUUUAAGGGGAAUUUUUAUAUCACCAAAAUGCGUCGCGCCAUCAUCACCAUCAUAUCACACCCCAAAAUCAGCUGUAAAUAUAUUGUAUUCGAAGGUUCAUGCAAGUGCUCAUCAUCGGGGGAGACUGCGGGGCCCCCUGUGUCGCGGCGGUUAAGUUAAACGACCGCAGUUACGGACCCAUGCUUACGAGGGAUGUUUUUUUAUAGAGUAUACUCUUAGUUUCCGAAGCAUCAUUAAAGUUUGUAAAAAAAAAAAACACGGUUCCUAGAAGCGAAGUUGAGGCGCUGUCCUCGGAGCUGUCAUUCAGAGGAUAGCCGUAAAUUUAACCGUAAAAAUUAAACUAAAAAAUUUUAAAUAAUAAUUUUAAUAAAAUAUUUUUAAAUUAAACAUAAAAAAAAUUUAACGUCAAUAAUUUGCCAAAGUGCACUUAUCACUUACAGUACGUUCUACAUGUGUUCGUCAUUAGCACAUGGUAUUUUAUUAGUUUGCUCACGUUUCUCGAUUAAUCCUUCGGGUAGAAUAUCUCGCACUUUUUACAAUUUGUUACAUUUUUUACAUUUAUAUUUCAAUAAUUUCAAUGCACACAGGCUCCUACUACACAUCCACUCAGAAAUGGAGAAAGUGUCAUUUAAAAAAAAAAACAGUCAUUAAAAACCAGCAUAAAAACGUGCAAGAUUUCCAAACUCAUCCCUCUAAAGAUGGGAGUCUAGAAAUCCUCCCCUCUUAGCGGUCACGAUGAUGUGCAGAGGAGACGCACCUUAAUCCGCUGCUGAGCAUGUUUUAGAAGAGCGUAUAACACAAAUAAAUACAUCCAGUAUUACGACAAGACUUGGCCGGAGCACACUUUGUCGAAGUAAGCAUGAAUAGACGCGCAUGCAAGAUGGAUGAAUGGGAAUCACUACUGUGUAUCGUAUGUGUGCGUGUAUUGAAGGAAACUUUGGCUUGCACCAUCCCAGUGGUUAUUGACCGUCAGCAUUUGCCGUAGCUAGACAGACGUAAGGCAUAAAUCUAUGUGUAUCCCAACAGUGUGCACUUAUACCCACAUUAUGUGCACUGUACAAGUGUAACAGUUAUUCUAGCUGCCAGGACUGCUGCUUGUCUAAUCAAAAUACCGUGCAAUAUAUAUAUCAAAAUAAGUGCAAUAGCGUGGCUAGUGGUGUUGUUAUGGCGAAAGUGUCAUGUUAUGAGGGAUUAUUUAAUGGAAGGCUGGACACUGGAUGAGUUCUUUUUUUUUUUUUUUUUUUUUUUCGUGUGUGUGUACCUUAGCUUUGGUUAAGUUUGUGUCUUUGAUGAGGGAUGCUUGUUUUGAGAUAAUGCUUCGAGAGGGAUGGUGUGGUGGCUUGUUGAGAAUGCAAAAAGUCCGAUUUUAAUCUGAACUGUCGUGUAAAGAAUUCUGAGGCUGCCGUCUGGGACUGGGUCCUUGCAACGUCAAAGGAAAAAAAAAAGUUUUCUUUGUCACAUUUUAGUUGUAAAGUGAUUUGCAUUUUUUAAUAAUUUAUCGAGUUUAACUCGAAGGUUAACUCAACAAGCUCUAUGGUUAACAUGAACCAACAAUACAGCAAAGUGUCUUUCAUAGCCUUGAAGAACUUCUUUUGUCCUUAGUUUCUUUCAAAUAUGGCCUCAAUCUGAAAGUAUUAAUGCUCUUCAUCAUUCAGUGCGCAUGUGGAGCUUAAGAAGACAAAAGUGUGUAAUCAAGAAAGAUAACAACAGAGGUACUGUCAGGACAAACACAGUAUCACGUAUGAGGGCUUUAUAGAGUAUCCAGGCUGGAAUUAUACUUUUAAGAAAGAGCAAUACUUAAUUUCAAAGAUAGUCCCCUUCCAAUGAGACACACCUAGCUUCUUGCUGUUUGCACUAACAGAAAGUUAUUGAAGGGGCAAACAAACAGUUGCCUUGUCACAUUCAUUUAAUGCUACAGAACACUUUUUUUGUUUUUUAAAACUUCAACGGCAUUUCAAAAUUUUCACAACUUUUGGGUUGCCCCACGUGGCCUUUUUUCUCUUCAAAAAAAUAAAAAUCUGGAUGUUCUGGAAUUGAACGUACUCUCGGCUAUUUUCGAAGAAAACCCAGGAAGAGACAGUGCUGAGCUGUAUCUUGUGGAGUUGGGUGGUGGCUAAGUUUAAGAUCUCUAGGUAUUACCGCUUUAAGGUAAAAUCGGACCAGAUACUUUUUCAACGGCCCUCAUAUCUCUGCCUUUAUUCUGGCGGAUUGUUUACGUGUCGUUGGAGAAGCAGCUUCUGUAAAAGAGUGGGCACUUUCAAUUUCGUUUAUUGUUGCAGUUAACUGAUUGUACUGCAUUGCAAAUGUAUCUUGGUACAAAUGUGUAUGGUGUUGAGUGUGUACAUGUGCAACAUUGGAAGCCGCAGCUUUCCAAUGGUUCCAGAGCUUCCUCUGUUUGAAGGCAGUUGUUUGUAUGUUUCAGUUCCUCAUUACAUAGAGUACUAUAUCCUUUUUUUUUUUUUUCUUUGUUCUAGAAUCAAACCCUGACAUUGUUUAUAGUUGUAUAGUUUAUAAUUCAAUCUUGAUUACAUUUCUGUACAGUGGCACAAACUGUCUAGUGCAAAUUGCUGUUGAAUACAGGUGAAAAAUGAUUCA